AUGGACGGCGGCAUUCAGUCACUGUUUCAUGAUGAGCUGAAACAUGGAAACAUUUCACUGAAACUCUCUAAUGUGAAAAUAUCUGACCAGGGAACGUAUAAAUGUUUUAUUCCAGCACUGGAAAAGAACUCAUUCAUUCAGCUACUUGUUGUAUCAGAUGCCAUUUCUGGGCCUGUCAUCAGUUUAUCAGCCAUUAAUAAAGCCAGAAGCGGAGUGGUGUUACAGUGUGAGUCUGCAGGCUGGUAUCCAGAGCCUGAGCUGCUGUGGUUGGACGGUGAGGGAAACCUCCUCUCUGCUGGACCUACAGAGACCCUCAGAGGGCCUGAUGACCUCUAUACUGUCAGCAGCAGAGUGACUGUGGAGAAGAGACACAGCAACAACAUCACCUGCAGAGUCCAACAGAGGAACACCAACCAGAGCAGAGAGACACACAUACAUGUUCCAGUCCUGCUGUACCCAUCAUUGUUUGUUUGA